AUGAGUUUUUUGAUUUUUGUGUUUAUGCUGUUUGUGUAUUCUGAGAGUCUCGGGAUCAGAUAUGAUGAAUCGAUCAGUAAGUGGAUGACGUAUGAGAGGAGGAGGAUGGCAGACAAGACGUUUGAUGCGGUGCAGUCGAUGUUUGUGAUUGAGGAAGGAAUGCCGUCUACUGCACUUACAGCGGGUAGGAAUGCGAUUUUCGGAGCAGUUGAGAUGUUUGAGGAUGAAUUUGAAGGAAUACCGAGUGGAGGGAAUGUUGAGCGUGCUGAGGAGGGAAGAUACAGGGUUAAGGGAUAUGAAACAGAGAUUGAUGUGAAGGGAAUGAAUUAUCUGUGUCUGAUGACUGGGAUUGAUGCAUUGAGGCAUGUCAAGCUGGAGAGUGUGGACAAGGUGGGGAUUGCAUAUAGGACGUAUUUUGAAGCGGAGCAGGCGAUGAUGCUGGGGGAGAGUGUGGCCGAUGUAGUUGAUAUGGAAGAGGUGUAUGCUGUGCCUGAAUCGCUUUGUGGGCUUGUAUCGAAGGUCGGGCACAUAGACGGAGAAGCUGAGUUUUUGUGUUUGGUGAUAUCGAUGAGUGGAAGGAAGGGGAUGUUUUCGCUGUACGAUGUUGAAAUAAAGGAGGGUCGAAGGAAGUUUAGGAACCGAGCUCAUGUUGAGUUUCCGAUGGUGAGUGAUGGUGCGAUACAGCGGAUGGUGUAUGACGAGAUUGAGGCUGAGCUUAGGAGGGAUAUACGAAGCAAGGAUGAAGUGAGCGAUGAGAAGAAGGAUGUGACGUUUUAUCCGCGGAUUGGAGAAGGGCAGGUGUAUGAUUUGAAGGUUGAUAUGAGGCCAGUGUACAAGGAGGUCAGCAAGGGGUUGAGGUACAAGGAGAUAGUUGAAAACAUUAAGAUAGUUGAGGGGGUGCCGAUAGUUGAUGAGGAGGAGAAUGUAAGGUAUAUAGUUGAGGCGCCUGUGUUUAGUACGGGGAGGAUACAGAAGGCGAUAAUGAAAACAGUUGAAGAGUGCCGAAAGGAGAUAGAGGAGGUUGUUGAGAAGGUGUAUGCAAUGGUUGAUGAAGAGAGAAAGGAGGGGAAGCAGGUUUCUGUGAUAAUGCUGUCUGAGUUUAGCGAGAAUCCGGUUUUUGACGAUAUUUUCAAGAGGUUUGGAAAGAGGGAGCAUGUGAAGAUGGAGGAUAUUGAGCAAGGAGCAGCAAGGGUGCUGAGGAGCCAGUGCGAAGUUGAGGAUGAGAAGUAUUUGCGUGUGCAGAGAAGAGGGAACCGAGGAAAGCGGUACCUGGAGGAGGUGAAGCUACGCAAGGAUGUAGAUGCAAUAAGAGCAGAGGUGGAGAAGGAGGGGAUUGAAAAGAUGUUUGGAGGAGUGGAGUUGAAUGAUGAAGAUGGGAUGUUUUUGAGGAUUGGCAAUAUGAAUAGUUUUGAAGAGCUAGAGAUGGUAAGAAAUAGAUGGAAUGAGUUGAAGAGGAUGGAGAGUGAAAGGCAGAGGGAGGUUGUAAACAGGAUUAAGAAUUUGGAGAGGCUAAGGACAGCGAUACAGGAAGGAAAGAAGAAGCAGAAGAAGGUGAGUGAGCCAUGGAAGGAGCAGAUUGGUGGAUAUGUUGAGAAGGCAGAUUUGGUGUACAAGCAGAUGAGCAAAGACAUGAAGUCGAGAAGUGUAGAUAUUGAGGAUGCAGAGCUUGAGCUAGUAGUCAAGAUGAACAUGGCGACUGGGGAGUAUGAGGAAAAGAUCAGAAAAGAAAAAGAAGCACAGCAGGAGAGUGCCAAUGAAAGUAAGGAAGGUGAAGGAAAGGGAGUUGCAAGCGGCGAAGAUGAAGUAAAUAAAGAUGAGCAUGAAGGAGGAGAGAAUAAGAACUAUGCCGAUGGGAAUAAAGAAGAAGAGAAUGAGGAGAAGCAAGAGCUGUAG